AUGGGACAAUAUAUAGCAACACAUGAAUUUUAUCAUGUUUAUACUGAUGAACCACAUACAACACGUCGAAAAGAAAUUCUCAAAAAAUAUCCAGAAAUAAAACAACUGAUGGGUCCUGAUUGGCUUAUGUCAAUACAAGUCAUUAUAUCAGUAUUUAUUCAAAUUAUUCUUGCAAUAUAUUUAAAACAAUCAUCAUGGUUUAAAUUAAUUUGUUUUGCUUAUAUUAUUGGUGGUACUAUAAAUCAUACAUUAUCAUUAGCAUUACAUGAAUUAACACAUAAUUUAGCAUUUGGUCAUUUACGACCAAUAUCUAAUUAUUUAUUAGGCUUUUUUGCUAAUUUACCGUUAGGUAUACCAGUAUCAAUAACAUUUAAAAAAUAUCAUCUUGAUCAUCAUCGAUUUCAAGGUGAUGUUAUUUAUGAUACAGAUAUUCCAACACGUUUAGAAGUAUUUCUAUUUUCAUCACGUUUUGGUAAAUUAAUAUUUUUAAUACUAAUGCCACUUCUUUAUUCAUGCCGACCAAUAUUUAUUUUACCCAAAGCAAUACAUUUAUUAGAAUUAAUUAAUUUAAUUAUUAUAUUUAGUUUUAAUAGUUUAAUGUUUUAUUUUUUUGGUAGUAAAACUUUAUUAUAUUUUAUAUUAAGUACUCUACUUGGACUUUCAUUACAUCCUAUAUCAGGACAUUUUAUUGCUGAACAUUAUGUUUUUAAAGAAGGUUAUGAAACAUAUUCUUAUUAUGGGCCACUUAAUACUAUUACAUAUAAUGUUGGCUAUCAUAAUGAACAUCAUGAUUUUCCAUAUAUACCUGGUAGAAAUUUACCGAAAGUGCGCAAAAUUGCUGCAGAAUAUUAUGAUAAUUUACCAUAUUAUACAAGUUGGAUCAAAGUACUUUAUGAUUUUGUUAUGAAUGAUAAUGUUGGUCCUUGGGCACGUGUAACUCGAUCAACAAAUAUCGGACGUAUUCAAGUAUCAAGUCAACAAGAAUAA